CAUUCACCUACAUAUCGGUUCUUCCUGUUUUUACUUUCAAAACUUUAUUUUAUGGAACUGAAGCCACAAAUCUGAAUGUGAUGACCCAUUGGUACAGUUGUUACAGACUAUAAGGAGAUUUUCUAAAGACUUUUUCACGUCAUGUAGAGUAACAAAUAAUUUCCUACAGUAAACCCAUCAAGUAGAGAAACGAGUUUAGGUCAUUCCUUUUAUGGCCUCUAGGGGGCCAGUACAGGAAGUAUGAGCUUUUAAGUUUCAUUUCUGCUGCGAACAGCGAGACACAUCCUUUGGUUGACCUGCCUUUAACCAGAUAUCUGCAGAAUAUAAAGGAGAUUCAAACUUGAGUUUACUGUAAAAGUUGAGAUCAGCAGCUCAGAUGGCCACUCUGAACCCACUGCUCUCCAGGAACCACCAGAGAACCAUCUGCUCUCAGCUGGGACAUGUCAAACUGAAGCUGCUCUACAAGGCCUCCGUCCACGGCUUCACUGGUGCUGCCUUCCACCAGAGAUGUGACAACCGGGCGCCCACUGUGUCUGUGGGCUUUAAUACCUCUGGUUAUGUGUUUGGAGGCUACGCCAGCCAACCAUUCAGUCAGUCUGGGCAGUGGGUGAAUGAUAACCAGGCUUUUCUUUUUAGUUUUACUGGUGGAAAACUCCAGAAAUACCCCUGUAUUAAUGCUGCUUAUGCACUCUUAAUGGAUGGCAACUCUGGUCCUAAUUUUGGAAAUGCUCUUGCUCUUCUCUACGGAAACCAACAAGUGACACACAGCGCUCCGGGGAAUUAUUACAACUUCAAUGCUGCAGAAAUGCAUGGAAAUGACCUGAAGCUGUCUGAAUGUGAAGUUUACCAGGUGGAAGAAUCUACUGAACUUGAGAAGCCAUGGAGGACAGUCGUCUGGGAAUCUCAGAAGAGGGCUGAGCUGAUGGAGAGCAUCAGAACCUACAAACCCACAGUCAGUUCUGUGCCCCAGGCUCGGGUUUUGCUCAUCGGACAGGUCGGAGCCGGAAAGUCCAGCUUCUUCAACGCCAUCAACUCUGUGUUCAGAGGCCAUGUCACCAGCCAGGCCAUCGCUGGCAGCUCUUCCACCAGCCUCACCACUCAGUUUCGGACCUACUCUGUGAAAGCUGGACGAGAAGGCAAACCUCUGCCAAUCAUCCUGUGCGACACCAUGGGCCUGGAGGACAGCAAAGGGGCGGGGCUUGAUGUGGAGGACAUCAGCAGCAUCCUUAAGGGUCAUAUGCCGAAUUGUUACCAGUUCAACCCCGCUGCUCCUCUUCAUGCUGAGACUCAUGGUUAUCAAAAGUCUCCGGCUGUCAAAGACAAGAUCCACUGUGUGGCUUAUGUUAUUGAUGCCAGCAAGGUCUCCAUUAUGCCCCCAAAGCUGGAGGAGAAGAUGGAAGUUAUCCGCAGAAAGGUUAACCUGCUGGGGAUUCCUCAGCUGGUUCUGCUCACUAAGGUAGAUGAAGCUUGUCCUUUGGUGAAAGACGAUCUGAGAAACAUCUAUAAGAGCGGAUACAUCAAGGACUUAAUGCAGGAGGUCAGCGUCAGGUUGGGCGUGCCGCUGUCCUGCGUUGUUCCAGUCAAGAACUACAGCGGGGAGCUGGAGCUGGACCUGAACGCUGAUAUCCUGCUGCUCAGCGCCGUCAUCCAGAUGCUCCGGUUCGUCGAUAACUACUUCGAUGACCUCAGCGACCGACUGAGCAGCGUCGAAUGCAAAGAUUAAGAAUCUGUAUUCACAAAACCUGACAGCUCAGGCUUAUCCACAUGUCCAGAUGUGUCAGUAUUUAUGCAUUUAUCCAGAACAACUGUAGAGUUUAACAUAUUCAAUGCAGCAGAAUGUAUUUACUUCAUACAGAUUGGUUGAAACAACUACGUGUUUCUUUUUUGAGUUUUGGUCUUGGGAAGUUUCACCACAAUCUCACCUAGAAAUUACUUUACAACUCCAGUCUGAUAAUUUUGUUUCUCAUCGGUUCAUCUUUAAAUCAGUGCAUGAUGUUCUUGAAACAGUUCUAAAAGUUUAUUCUGCAGGUUUGGCAGUAAUCAUAAUCUGAAACUUUUAAGUUCAACAAAAAAAGAUAGGAAAUCAGGAAGUUGUUCACUUUAGUGAGUUUGGAUAAAUCAGUCUCUUUUUGCUUCUGAUAAAGUUAUUACCUUAAUGGUUUUGGUGACUUGGUACUUGUUGGGACAUUUAUGCAGGACGGAUUUUCAUGUUAAACUCCUGCAAAAUAUAGGAGAUAUAUCUGUGGGCAUGAAACUGAAGUAAAAGCUAAUUAGCAAAUAUCUGAUAUUAUAGCUUGCAUGUGUAAAGAUUUGCUUAUAUUUGACUUUCCUGGAUUCCCUGGAAUGUUGAAAAUGAUAACGCUAUUUUUUCCUUUGUAUCUUUGUUUUGUCACCCAAGAGGAGUUGUUUACAGUUUACUUACUUAUGCUUUUUUGGGUAAAAAAACAAUCUGAGACAGAUCUGACUUAUUACUUGCAAGUGUUUAUUUAUACAAGCUGGAAAAAAAUGCAAACACUAAUAAAAAUGUUGAGAAAACA